CUGAACUCGUGACGAAACCUUGCUCCUUCGGAGCCCAAUCAGAUCGCCGUCGACGUCGUCGUCGCCGCCGCCGGUUCGCGUCGCAGCGCACCUGCUCCAUGGCCUUCGCCUCUUUCACGUGGCCGUUCCGCCGCCGGAGCAGAAGCGGAGACGGCCCAAGCAAACCCGUCGCCCCCUCCGCCGCCGAGGAGGAGGAGGAGCUCGGCAUGACGCCACCGCUCCUCGACUUCCUCCGGACGCUCUCCUCCGACGCCUUCAAGUCGUCCGCCCUCCAGCUCCACCAAGCCACUCCUCCAGACCCGGUUUCUGAAAGUGGUUUGCCGCAGGUGAACUCCGCGGAGGCGGCGGACGGCGAGCUUUCGGACUGGCAGCAGCGGCACGCCGUCCUCGUGCUCGCCAGAGCCAAGGAACUCGCUAAGAUUCGGUAUGACCUGUGCCCACGCCAAAUGAAGGAUGAGCAGUUCUGGACAUUAUACUUCCUGCUCGCCAGGAGCUACAUCUUACCGUACGAGCUACGUGCCAUACAGAAAGAGAAGGUAAGAAGGAUGGAGACAGAAAACAGGAAGCCCACAAAUGCGAGUACUGUUGAGGUGGAGAUGCAAGAAUCGAAGUGCAGUAGAGAAUCUCAAACGUUAACAGAUGAUUCAGAAAAUCAUGAUGCUUAGUUAGUGUUUACAAGUCUGGAACCUAAGGAAGGGCGCUUGAUAUCACUAGGUUUAGUAACUAUCGCAAACUAUAUAGAGAACUGGGGCGCCUAUUUAUCCUCCAGGGCCAAUUGGAACACCCAUGAGAUCAUGCUGGCAGCUUGUAUUCGUUGACUAGGAGAACGAUGUCCUCGUCGGUGAUGACCCUUGGCAGGAAUUCGUGAACAGCACGUCCUGUAUAAAGAACCUUCUGUUGGAUAUUUUGGUGAUCUAGGCUGCUCUCCUAGGUCAGAUCUUUUUGGGUUGCUACAGUAGGACGGUGCUACAGUAGGGCGGUGCUACAGUAAAUGGCCACCUAUCCUUAUGUGUUGUCUUGAUCGGAGACAUCGAUUUUGAUCCAACGGUGCUGGUUCCCCUAGUGCAUAGUGCUAAACAUAUAAAAGGGGUCAAAUGACCUAGAAGAGGAGAGGUUGAAGACGGCUGCUGCUCUCUGCCUUCUCUCUUACACACUCUCUCUCAAGAACAAGCCACCGAUCAGGCUAGCACUAAAGCACUAGGAAGAACCUAGCACAAAUUGCUCCAUCCUGGUGUGAGCAAUUAAACAAGAGGAGGCAUGGCAUCAUCUUCAGACCAAGCAACUAAUGUCUCUAAUAUUGCUGGAAUGCUAAAUGGCAUCGAACAGCUAAAUGGCAGCAAUUAUGUCACGUGGAAGGAGAAGCUUGAGAUCACUAUGGCCUUACUCAAUAUUGAUUAUGCUCUCCUUAAUGAUCCUCCUGAGGUGCCUAAAGAAAAUAAUGAAAAUUAUGAAGCCCUCAAGAAGGAAUAUGACAUUAUUAAGGCUAAGUGGGAUGACUCUAAUCGCAAGUGCCUUAUGAUGAUAAAGGGCUCCAUUACACAGAGUAUGAGGGGAGCCCUUCCUGAUUGUGAGACAGCAAAAGGGUACUUUGCAAAAAUUGAGCAUCAAUUUAAAGGGGGUGACUAUCUAACAGAUGUCUGUUUUCCAAUUGGGGAACAGACACUUUUUUAGAACCAAUCAAAUGGUGACAACUGUAUACCAGAGAAAACAACUCAAUUAAUCAAAAACUGUCUGUUUCAGUCUAGCAAAACAGAUACAUUUUCGUUACACGGCAUGUGUUUGAGUCCCAUUGAUUUCUGAGUUGAGUCAAUGUUGAGUUCUGAAAAACCCAUUACAGAGGAAAUCCCAUAAUCAGUAAAAAGCUCGCGUGCAUCUUGUACCUGUUCGACCUUCUUCUCCAGCAAGCAAAACAGUUCAUGUGCUCCAACCACUUCUUUCAACCACUACUUCCAAGCAGUCCCUCCUCUCUGGAUCUAGAUCGAGAAGAAAACAGAGUAACAAUGGAGGAAAAAGAAGAGCAGCCAUCAGACAAGAAGAAAGGCAAGGAAAUACUGCAAGAAACCAUGCUUCGAAUUGGAGAUGCUAAGGUACGAGCUACGUGCCAUACAAAAAGAGAAGGUAAGAAGGAUGGAGACAGAAAACAGGAAGCCCACAAAUGCGAUUACUGUUGAGGUGGAGAUGCAAGAAUCAAAGUGCAGUAGAGAAUCUCAAACCCUAACAGAUGAUUCAGAACAUCAUGAUGCUUAGUUAAUGUAAGAAACUACAAUCUGUGCUCUGAUUUUUUGCUAUCUUAUUUCAAUCCCACUUUUGAUAUGUGAACAAUAACUGGUUUACAAGUCUGGAACCUAAGGAAGGUCGCCUGAUAUCACUAGGUUUAGUAACUAUCACAAACUAUAUAGAGAUCUGGGGCGCCUAUUUGUCCUUGAGGGCCGAUCGGAACACCCAUGAGAUCAUGCUCGCAGCUUGUAUUCGUCGACUAGGAGGACGAUGUCCUUCUUGUCGGUGACGACCCUUGGCAGGAAUUCGUGAACAGCGUGUCCUGUAUGAAGAACACUCCCCGCAGGAGGUGCAGCAGAUGGGCAAGCAGGGCAGGCUAGGUAGUAACAGCUGUUGCGUCUGUUGGUUCGGUCGAAGUCAAUUUCUGAAGAAGAGAACGUAGCCCUUUUCCUUUCCCUAGUUUUUCCUAGUUUUUCCGAGACCUGGAACUCGAAGCACAUAGAUCAUGCCUUUGCUUUGUAAGUUACGAUGUAUCAGUCUGUUCCAUAAUGCCAAAACGUCUUACAUACUGA